UUUGACCUUGUGGGGACAUUUGGCUGGUCCUCGGGAGGAAAACUAGUUUUUGUUUAUUUUUUUGACAAAAACUGCAGCUUUUACGAAAUAAUAACCUAGCCCAACAUUUCCUUUUAGUUUAGGGUUUAGGUUAAGGUGUAGCAUAGCAUCCAUAAUUAGCGGCAUUAAUAAUGAUGUCAGUGGAAGGUCCUCACAGUGAGUGUGUUAAUGGUUGUGUUAGUCACUAACACAACCACUAACUAAUACACACUAACAAACACACACACUGUGUUUGUUAGUGUGUUUUAGCGUGUGUGUUAGCGCUCCUCCUGCUCAUCCUCUGCGCGCUGCAGUUUCACCUGGAAGCGGAGCAGCGCAUCCUCUCCCUCUCUCUCUUUCUCUCUCUCUCUCUCUCCCUCUCUCCCUCUCUCUCCCCCGUGCGGCUCCCGGCUCAUGUCGGUUCAGCCGAGGUCUCGUUGUGCUCCACUACGGACAUUUACUGCCAUUUUAGCACUCAGGCCAGGGAUGCCGGUGUAAAAGAGGUGGCUUUUUUUCUCUCUUCCUUUUCCCUCAUAUCUCUCGUCCCUUCUCUGCGGCCUGAAACACACAAAAUGUCGACCAGAACGCCAUUACCGACCGUUAACGAGCGCGACACGGAGAAUCACACAUCCGUGGACGGCUUCCCCGACCCCCCAGCACCUCCGGCUAAGUCGGCCAGCAGGCAGAGUCUACCGCGAUGUCGCAACUCCGUGGCGUCCGUCACAGAGGACCAGCCACACAUCGGCAACUACAGGCUGCUCAAAACCAUCGGCAAGGGCAACUUUGCCAAAGUCAAACUAGCACGUCAUAUUUUAACAGGACGGGAGGUUGCUGUGAAGAUCAUCGAUAAGACGCAGUUAAACCCCACUAGUUUACAAAAGCUUUUUCGUGAAGUAAGGAUUAUGAAGAUUUUGAAUCACCCUAAUAUAGUUAAGUUAUUCGAGGUCAUCGAAACGGACAAGACACUUUAUUUGAUAAUGGAGUAUGCUAGUGGAGGCGAAGUAUUUGACUACUUAGUUGCACAUGGAAGAAUGAAGGAGAAGGAAGCCAGGGCCAAGUUUCGACAGAUUGUGUCUGCAGUGCAAUAUUGUCAUCAGAAGAGGAUAGUCCACAGGGAUCUCAAGGCUGAGAACUUGCUCCUGGAUGCUGAUAUGAACAUAAAGAUAGCAGACUUUGGCUUCAGUAAUGAAUUCACCAUUGGAAGCAAGUUGGACACAUUCUGCGGCAGUCCCCCCUACGCUGCUCCUGAACUCUUUCAGGGCAAGAAAUAUGACGGGCCUGAAGUGGAUGUCUGGAGCCUGGGGGUCAUUCUGUACACACUGGUCAGCGGCUCGCUGCCUUUUGACGGGCAGAACUUAAAGGAGCUGAGAGAGCGAGUGCUGCGAGGGAAGUACCGUAUCCCAUUCUACAUGUCCACCGACUGUGAAAAUCUACUGAAACGACUGCUGGUGCUGAACCCAGGCAAACGUGGCAGUCUAGAGCAAAUCAUGAAAGACCGCUGGAUGAACGUGGGUCACGAGGAGGAGGAGCUAAAACCGUACACGGAGCCAGAAGCCGACCUCAGCGACACCAAAAGAAUAGACCUGAUGAUUACAAUGGGUUUCCCCAAAGAAGAGAUCACCGAUUCCUUAGUGGCUCAGAAAUACGAUGAAGUCAUGGCUACUUAUUUGCUUCUGGGCAGAAAACCUCCUGAGUUUGAGGGAAGCGAGUCUCUGUCCAGCACAAACCUGUGUCAGAUGCCCCGACCCAGCAGUGACCUGAAUAACAGCUCAUCCCAGUCUCCAGCUCACUCCAAAGUGCAGCGCAGCAUCUCCGCCACGCAGAAACAGCGCCGCUACAGUGAUCAUGUUGCCCCGUCUAUCCCACCGGCCGUGUCCUACACCAAGCGCACGCAGGCCAACAGUGUGGAGGGAGAGAAGAAAGAGGAGUCCAAAGGAGACACGGCUGUCUCACCGCUGACCACACAAGAGCGCAGGAAGUCUUCUACAGCCUCAGGGAACAGCACAAGCGGAGGGAUGACGCGGAGGAACACGUACGUGUGUGAGCGUGGCAGCACAGAUCGUUAUUCAGCCAUUCCUAAUGGCAAGGACAGCAGUCUGACGGAGAUGUCUGCCUCUGGUAGUGGCUCCUCUGUGUCUCCUGGAGCUUCCUCAGCACUGGCGUCAGCUAGGCCACGUCACGUGAAGUCCAUGUCUGCCUCAAGCCAUCCAACCAAGUCCCCCUUGCCUCCAAUAGAGGAUAAUGCAGAGUACAAGGGCCCUAGCUCCAGCUCCAGGGCACCCGCUACAUCUCCAUCGACCCACAGUAUCAGCAGCGUGACCCCAGACCGAACACGUUUCCCUCGGGGCACGUCUACCCGCAGCACUUUCCACGGAGCCCAAUUGAGAGAGCGGCGCAGUGCGACCUACAACGGCCCGCCCGCCUCUCCCACGCUCUCACAUGACACGGGUGCUCUGGUCCACACUCGGAGGGGCACUUCGACGGGCAUCAUCAGUAAGAUCACCUCCAAGUUUGUGCGUAGGCUACCCAGUGAAGGAGAGGCCAGAUGCAGAGCAAACAGCUUGAGGAGCGGUUCAGGAGAACCUAAGGAUGAUGGGCGUGAUUCUAAACCACGAUCUCUACGCUUCACGUGGAGCAUGAAGACCACAUCGUCCAUGGAGCCCGGAGACAUGAUGCGAGAAAUCCGCAAGGUGCUAGACGCCAACAAUUGUGACUACGAGCAACGCGAGCGCUUCCUGCUCUUCUGCGUUCACGGCGACGCCCGUCAGGACAGCCUCGUCCAAUGGGAGAUGGAAGUAUGCAAGCUGCCCCGCCUCUCUCUCAAUGGCGUCCGCUUCAAGCGUAUCUCGGGCACCUCCAUCGCCUUCAAGAACAUCGCAUCCAAAAUCGCCAAUGAGCUGAAGCUGUGACCAGCACACAGGGGGCAGAAACUGGAAGCUUGCUACGUUGAUGUCUACGUUCCCAGUUAGUUUGGGCACCUUUUUGAGUUUACUGCUUUCUGAAGCUACUGCUGUAUGGUUUGACCAGUGGAUUUAAAAAGAUAAGAUUGAGGGGGGGGGGAAGAGCAUCCUUGGUAUCCCCAGUUCCCUUCUUUUCUCUUAAGUCCCACAUAUACACAAGGUUAGCAUAACCAUCUUUGCAAUAAUAUUGAAAAAUCCCUGUCAGGGUCAGCAGGUUGGUGUUCCUUUACAGAACUACCUUUGUAGGCUAAAGCAGAGACUUUUAACGCUACUUUUUCCACAUGUACAGUUAAGAUACAGAAUGUUUUGUUGAAUUGUUCAUAGACUUGUAUAAUACAAGACUCUUUCGGCCUACGUAUCUGAAGGUGUUGUAUAGUAUUGAGUUCUGCACAGAAAAUUUGUUAAAUGUCUUACUGUUUUGUUUAGCUUUUUUGCUUUUCCUCGUACGAUUUUAGAUUUUUUUUUUUUUGCCUCUGCCAUGUGAUAUAUUUUAAUGAUUCUUUUAUAUAAUUUUCCCCCCCCACUUUUCAACAGGAUGUAGAACCAGUAUAUCAGUGGCGAGUUAUUAAAUAACAGUGUUUCAUAAAACAAGCCGUGCACAUUCCAAAGGCAAAUUGUUUUAACCUGCAACCUUUUCAUUCUUUCGCCCAAGUCUCAGAGUUGUGCUAUUAGUUAGCAAGUUUGACACUCUGCCAUUCCAUGUAUGCUAAAAAAGGGAUAUAGGUUUUGAAUUGAUUGAGGAUAACGCUGUAGUUGUAGCAGAUGUAGCCCGAAUAGGAACAGGAGUGGAACAGGGUUGGUUUUGAGUGUCCUUCGAUUCCAUCUCAUUCUCCUUGAAGACGUUCUGUUUAUUUAUUACAGGUUCUGCACCACCUUUACUACGCUGCUUUAACUUGUCAUCCUUGAAAGAAGCAGGAUGAGACAUUUUUUGUUUUUGAAAAUGUACUUUAAUUUUUCCUUUUGUAAUUAGUGAUGAUGGCGACAGCGGUGAUGUUGGUGAUGAUGAUGUAAGACCACUUGUGCUGGAACAUUUCCUCUUGUUCCUGUUUACUGAGGUAAUGAGGGUUAAAUGUGCAAUGCUUUUUGUUGUAUUACUGGAACACAAAAAUGGUCCCUGACUGCACACGUUUCGAGAGAAAGAUUUUGCUUCGUUUGCUUAUUUAAAAAUGGUCUUUAAAGUGUCUUUCAGAGGUUUAAACUGUGAUCCGAUUAAGCUGAUCCUAGAGGAGCACGAUGUUUAAUGUUGUAACGGUACAUUUCCAGAGCAGAUGCUUGAUUAUGCUGCCUUAGCGAAUGGAGCUACUUGAAGGUGUUGGAGAAGAUUUACUUAAAAUGCAACUACCACCCACACCUCCCUUUUUUUCCCCCCAGUCAUUUCACCACAACCACCUCCGUACUCCAUCAGAUCAGUGUAGUACUGUACAUUUCUCAAUAAAGUCUCAUGGGUCAUAAAGGUUCAGUCUCACUGGUGCACAUUAAAGCUUACUUGAAAUGAGA